AUGGUAAAUAUGUUGAGGCAAUUCACAAGACAAAAAGAGCUUUGUCAGGUAGAAGGGCUAUUUGGGAGGAAUGUGACAAUUAGUCACAGAAGAGCAUUAUCUCCAGCAGAAUUAUGGGAAUGCUACGGAGCAAAUAACCUAGAAUUGCAAAAGUUCGCUAUUAAAGUACUUAGCCUCACUUGUAGUGCUUCCGGCUAUGAGUGCAAUUGGAGUGUGUUUGAGCAGAUUCACAUAAAAAAAAGGAAUAUGCUAGCUCAGCAACGCUUAAAUGAUUUGGUAUUUGUGAAAUACAAUCAUGCCUUAAAACUUCGGUAUGAUGCACGUGAUAAGAUUGACCUCAUCUCUUUGAUAGAUAUUGAUGACAGUAAUGAAUGGUUGAUGGGUAGAAUGGAUGGAGAAAGUGAUAAUGAAGAAGAUGAGUUGCACCACAGCCACUGCUUCGACUUCUCCCGACGCAGAUGGCGGCCCUUCUCCUUACCUGGCUCCCAGCCGUCUCCUCCUCCGCUGCCGCCGCCUCUCCCAACCCUAGCCGCCACCUCCGCCUCUCCGUCCUCCUUCCAACUCUCUACCGCCCUCAUUUCUCCUCUGCCGCCGCCGCCGUUCCACGAAUCCGUCGGCCCUCCUCCGUCGCCGUUCGCUCGGGCGAAGGCCCCGUUCUUCGAAUCCCCGAUGAGUGGGGGGAAUAAGACAGAACCCGAUGCUGAGCUUCCUUAUACACCGGCUCCGCCUAUAGAUGAGGACGAGUGGGGCGCGGAAGCAGGGUUUCUUUCUGGGAACGGAAGCCUUGUGCCAGAGGAUGAUAAACUCAGGGAUUUGAAGCGGUGCCUUGUGGACUCGCUCUACGGAAAGGAGUUGGGACUGAGAAAGACCCUUGAAGAUAGGGCAGAGAUCCUGGAGUUGGUAAACCAGCUUGAGGCGGCCAAUCCCACUAAGGCUCCGACCGAGGCGCCGGAUCUUCUUGAUGGAAAUUGGAUUUUAUUGUAUACUGCAUUUGCUGAGCUCUCACCUCUUUUAGCAAUGGGGGCAACACCAUUUUUGAAAGUUAAAAGGAUAUCUGAAGUUAUUGACAGUAAGACACUAGAAGUUGUUAAUGCCACAACCCUCUCCAGCCCGUUUGCUACCUUCUCUUUUAGUUCUACCACUUCUUUUGAGGUUCAAACUUCAUCCAGAAUACAGAGGUUCAGUUCAAGGAAGGAAUCUUCCAACCUCCAGAGAUAUCGUCAUCACUAGACCUACCAGAAACAGUUGAUAUAUUCGGCCAGAAGAUCAACCUGAAACCUGUUCAACAGACACUGAACCCCAUACAAGAGGCUGCCGCAAACAUAACUCGUUCCAUCUCUGGCCAGCCACCUCUCAAAUUUCCACUGCCUGGAAACCGAGCUGCAUCAUGGCUUCUGAAAACGUACCUCAAUCAAGAUUUUCGAAUCUCAAGGAUGGGGGUUUGUUUAUUAUCCUCGCAAAAGAGGAAAGUCCUUUGUUGGAUCAGUUAUCAUAAAGCAUUAGUUACAUAACCAACUAUCUCCGCUCAGGGUUUGUUCAUGCUGCCAAAUCCACUCCCUUUUCAAUCAUGUAGCAUAGCUUUGAUUGGAAUUAUUUUGUAGUUUUGACCCCGUGGGUCAUCCGAGAUGACAUGGGGCGGAAGUUGCUACAAUGAGGUCGUCGGGUCGAAACUCAGUGGCAACGGAGGAAUAAAUCCCCUAUCCCUGUAUGUCACCCGGUCCGUCCCAUGUUAGCUCGGGUGUUGCGAUUUAUCUCCCUUACAAUGACCGUGGGUCCGGUCGAUGGGGGCCGGGGGUGAGGGUUUCAUCUUUUUGCUGUAAUGCAAUGUAGCAUAGCUUUGAUUGGGCUGUCUCGGUGAGCCUUAUUACCUUUUGCCACCUGUAUAGCAUAUCUUUGAAGAGUG